AGAUGGAGCAGUUGUUUCUUCUUGCCGUAAACUGUAGGCAAACGUCUGAACUCCAUUUCGAUGGCACAUCUGCCGCAGAUCUGCAGACAUCAUGGAUUUUAUGAACUCUCGCAGCAGUGAGGGAUAACCCGCCAUGUAACGCUAACGCAAGACGGGAAAGCUGCACCGAACAUUUAACAGACAUGUGUUGAUUCACGUUACUAUGGCAUACUGGUAAAGGCUCCCCCCCCCCUCUCAAGGUGCUCCCCUGCCGGUGUGUGUCUCUGCUGCCAUGGAGGUGGGCAGCCUCCCUGUGGAGCUGUGGAGGGUUAUCUUGGCAUAUCUUCCGCUCCCUGACCUGGGCCGCUGCUGCCAGGUGUGCCGAGCCUGGAGGGAGCUCAUCCUCUCCCUAGACAACACCCGCUGGAGACAGCUCUGCUUAGGCUGCUCCGAGUGCCGUCAUCCCAACUGGCCCAGUCAGCCCCACCAGGAGCCCGCGUCCUGGAGAGAUGCCCUGAAGCAGCACGCCCUGUCCACCCGCACCUGGACCCAAAAUGGGCCAGAGCUCCAGUCCUCUGCCUGUCUGCACUUUUUCCGCCGCCGAAAAGACCGCAGGGUUUGGCAUGUGGGUUCCGGAUGCGAGUUUGAGACCCUUCGAGGGGCCCUUGGGGUGGUGGGGCCAUAUGACCGGGUAGUUCUCCACCCAGGGGUGUAUGAGGAGCAGGCUGAGUUGGUGCUGAAGGUUCCUGUGGAGUUGGUUGGACUGGGUCAAUUGGGUGAGGUGGCUCUCCUGGUUUGUAUGGAUCAGCAGUGCCCUACUGCCAGGCUGUGUAAUCUGGUGUUCAUGCCGCCCUGGUUCUCCACUGUGGUCUACAAGACCUCAUGGGGUCACGUCCAACUAGAUAACUGCAACUUUGAGGGGGCUCAGUUGCAAGUCCGUGGCCCGGGAUCCUGCCAGGCUCGCUUCUGCUCCUUCUCGCAAGGCAGCUCUGCUCACUUGCUGGGUGUUGUCCUCAGUUUGAUGGACAGCUGUGACUUUUCGGGUAGUGACACUGCUUCUGUGACUGUUGAAGGUCCUCCAGUGUCCGAAAGGAACUGGGCUUGUAAACACUUGGUUGCCCUGGCCAGGACGUUCCCAUCAUGUGGCGUAUCUGGGAGUAACAGCCCUCCCAGUGGCCCUCUGCCUGGUUCCACUGGUGGGAAUCAACCCCCAGGUUCAAAUGUUAAAAAGGAGCUUGUGAGCAUAGAAGACUGGCAGAGGAGGAAUGGAGUAGACGCAGCCUGUCAGGGCACAGUGAUUGAAAGCUGGAGUGAUGAAGAUCGCAGCGAGGGAGAGGAGGAGAAUCAAGAUGGAGGAGGAAUAAACAACACCAAAAAAACACUCAAAUUGGAUUACAAAAUCCCUUGUGACCAUCAUGGCCUAGCCCAUUUGCUCAGGCCCCGGCCAGAUGGCUCUAUGCCUCUUGUCUCCUCCCCAGAUCCACCAUCUUUGGCCCCUGAACCCCUCACCUUUCAGCAGGAACUAGACAGGGACCCAGAGGCUCAGAUGUUGGCUGCCUCCACCCUUGGCUGUUUCCUCAGACGCUGCCUCUUCAGGGAAGGGAAGGGUGGCGUGCACGUGUCUAAUUACGGACAAGCUCGUCUGGAGGGCAAUGUUUUCCGUGGGCUGAACUAUGCUGUCCGCUGCAUCCAGAACUCGACAAUAGUGAUGCUGAGAAAUGAAGUGUGUGAGUGCCGAGCAUCAGGUAUUUUCCUGCGCCUCUCUGCUCAGGGCCUCAUCGCCGAAAACAACAUCCAUUCUAAUGGGGAGGCGGGGCUGGACAUCCGAAAAGGGGCUAACCCCAUCAUUCUGUGCAACAGAAUACAUAGUGGUUUGCGUUCAGGGGUUGUUGUCCUUGGCAAUGGGAAAGGUUCAAUUCGGAGCAACCAGAUCUAUAACAACAAGGAAGCAGGCGUGUAUAUUCUCUUCAGCGGUAAUCCUGUGGUCAGUGGGAAUCACAUCUUCCAGGGCCAGGCAGCAGGGAUUGCUAUAAACGAGAAUGGCAGAGGCAUGAUAACAGAGAAUGUCAUCAAAGAAAACCAGUGGGGGGGUGUGGACAUCCGCAGAGGAGGUGACCCCAUCCUUAAGAACAACUACAUCUGUUAUGGCUACUCAGACGGCGUGGUGGUGGGAGAGAGAGGCCGCGGCCUUAUUGAGGGAAACCAUGUCUACUGUAACAAAGGCUGUGGUGUGUGGGUGAUGUCGUCCAGUCUCCCUCAGCUGCUGGGAAACUUCAUCACCCAUAACUGUAUGUACGGGCUGGCCGUGUUCUGCAGGAAAGACCCAGAGAACAUGGAGGGCAACUGGCCAGGGCAGGAAGGGAUUGGUGGAGAAGCAGGCAGUGGGGAGAGGAGGGGGGUAGAAGGAGAAAGGAGAGAAGGGCAGGAGAACCUAAAUGAGGAGGGGGAGCUGUUUGCAUGGGAGAGUGAUCUGGACAGUGAGGACGAGCGCCACUCUGCCCGCCGUGCCAUCAGUGUGGCCCUGGUGGAGAGCAACUGCAUGAGCUACAAUGGAGGUAUUUAUAGACCUGUUGAGCCUAACCAAGUGUCAAGUUUACUCACUUCCUGUUUCUCAUGUUCUCUCCAUUUCUCUGUAGCAGUUGGUUUGUACGUGAAGAGCAGUGAGCCCCUGAAUGUUUUUGCUAAUCUGGUAAACGGUAACCGUGGCACUGGCAUAGCUGUGCUUCAGAGCAGUCAGCUGACCCGACUGGUUACAAACUGCAUCCUUGAAAAUGGUCGAGGUGGUAUUACGGUGGAGAAGGACUGCAGAGUGGAGCUUCGUGGUAACGGCAUCUAUAAAAACUGUGGCCAUGGUGUCAGUUUCUGCGGCAACGGGCAGAUUUUGGAGAAUGAUGUUGUUGGAAACCGGGGAUACGGGAUCCAGGUUUUGGGCGGUGCUGACAUCAAGGUGAUGCGCAACCGUGUCCAGCCAGCACAGGGCUGUGGAGUGGCUGUGCUAGGGCCAGUAAAAGGUGUUGUCCAUGACAACGUCUUGUUCCAGGGCCACCCUGGCAACAAGAAGGAACUUCUUCAUAUGGAUGCUGCCAAUGAGAACUGUGUGUUGCGCAACAACAGUGUUCUAAGGCACAAUCACAGCUGUACUUCUGCUCCUCCCUGGGUUUUGGAAAACCCUCCACCUCGCCCACUGGCCAGCUCACCUUCUGGUCUCUCCUUGUCCCAAUAUCCCUCCAGACUUGGAAUUUCCAUGACGACCAGGAUCAGCGCCACUGUAGAAAGUGGUUGCCACAAUGGCAGCAUGUUCUGCUCCAUCCUGUGAAAGCACUUAGAAACCAAUAUGGACUUGUGUUUGUUGUACAUUUGAAGCACGCUGGCCUCCUCAGAGAAGACCUUUUCAAAAAGACGCCCUCUUGUUGAGGUCUAGUAAAGAAGAUGUUCCGAGUAUAACCACUUAAGGGGCAAUCCCCCUUCCAGUACAUUGAGGUGUCACCACAUUUUGUAAAUCUGAAAGAAGAUUUGUAUAACUUAAUGCUCAAACACCAGUGCACUGGUGUUUGAGCAUUUAUCAUUGAUACAUCAUCACAUGUGGACUCUUGAAAUUAAGUUGCAGUAACACACAUUCAGGCAUCAUCUUCCAACAACUGUUUCCAUACAAAGCUUUAACUUAAUUAUGUUCUUUAACAUUGAUAUUCAUGUACAGACCUGCUGUAGACUUUGUCCGUUUGCUUCUGAGACUCACUGUUUGGGAAGUGCACAUUUUUAUAAAUCCUAGCAGUAGUCAAAGGUUUCAGAGAUGCCAGCUUCAACCAUGCUGCAAAGUAAAGCUGUGCCUUGUUUGACUUUGUAUUCAAUCAACGAUUGUAGCUGGAUAAUGAGUUGUCAUAGUGUGAGUGUUUAUGCAAAGAUGAAAAAACAAAGCCAAACUCAAGCUUCUGACUCUUGCACAUGGCUGCUUCCUGGUGAGUCUGUUUUUGUAUCAUAUCAAUGUUUUUCAAAUGUGAUCAGCUUUCUUUGAGUUGAUAGAAUUCACUGAGAUGGGACCCGUUUUCCCUCUAGAUACCAUCGACACGCUGCAGUGACACAACCACAGACUUGCCUGGUUAAAGACAGUUUUAGAAGGAAAAAUGAUAAACAGUGUGCAAUAUGUGCUGUCUAAAAUUGUGCCUAUAUGUUUUUACUGUCUACGCUAGAUGUUUUCUGUCAUCUAGAAUUUGUUUACAGCUCAUUCCUCUGCUUUUUUGUAUCUUGCACAGUAAGCAAUAAGUAAAGAUAUCAUGUACAACUCAAGAGGUCACCACUUUAUUUGUCUACAAAAUAAACAGUUAUUGUUUGUGACAUUUCCAAUUAU